AUGAAGGCCUUCGCCGUCGUUUCAAUCAACGGCAAUCCUCAGACGAACCAGAGAACUCCCGUUGACAAAGAAAAUGGCUCCAACCCAGAGUGGAAUUGCCGCAUGAAGUUCAUCGUCGACGAAGCUCACGUCCACCAGAACCUCGUAUUCCUCGUGUUUUCCCUCAAAUCGAGCCGCGUGAUCGGUGACAGGGACAUCGGCGCCGUCCAGGUCCCCGUCAGGGAACUGCUCCGCCAAACCAACGGCAACCACAUGAUUAACCAGAACGUCAGCUACAGCGUGGUGUCGCCCGAGGGAAAAUCGAGAGGCAUCCUGAAUUUCUCGUACAGGUUCGUGGGGAAUCUCAACGGCACCGUUCCGUACCCUCAGCUUCCGGGGGCUGUACAAGAAAUACAAGGGGGAAGCCCUGUUUUGGCGCUUGCGUCGCCGCAACACGGUGAUUCGUAUCCUUAUCAUCCGCCGCACGGGAUGUGCAUGUAUCCUUAUCCGCCAUCGCAAGGGAUGAGCAUGUAUCAUUAUCAGACGCCGCACGAGAUGAGCAUGUAUCCUUAUCAGCCGGCGUAUGGUUACCAUCAGGUCCCUGCACCAGUUUCAGGCUAUGGAUGUCGACAGCCGCCACAGGGCGACAAUAGUAAACCUCCAAGGUACCGAUCUGUAAAUGAGGAUAUUUGGGUUUGA